AUGAGUGAAUCACCACUUUCGGAUACAUUAGAUGAUUUAUUAUUCAUUAACGAUGGUAAUACAAAUUCUGAUGAUAAUAAUCAAUCAAAUGAAUAUACAAUACCGAUGACAAAUAAUUCAUCAAGUAAUGAAUUAAAAAUUAAAAUAAAAAAACGUAAAAAUGAACAAUCAUCAGAUAAUAAAGGGCAUAAAAGAAAAAAGAAAUCUAAAACACAACCAACAUAUAUGCGUCGUAAUAUUCGUACUUUAUUAACAAAUGAUAAAUUACACGAUGGAACAUUAACAGCACUUAAAGCUGAACAAGAUCGUCUUAAACGUCUUGAAGAAAUAAAACAAUCAUUACAAACAGUUUAUACUCAUCAACCAACAAAUUAUAAUCAAAUAUCAGCAUUAACAAAAUCAAAUGAACAAGAAUGUAUUGUUCUAGAUGACGAUGAUGAUAAUGAUAAUAAUAAUGAUGAUGAUAAUGAUGAUGAUGAUGAUGAUGAUGAAGAUCAAACUACAAAUUUAUUAUUAAAACCAAAAAUUGAUACAGAAGAAAAUAUUUCAAAUAAAGAAACAACAGAUCAUAAUGAAGAUAGUAAUGAUUCGGAUGUACAAUAUGUGGAAAGUGAUACGGAAAUAGUUAAUGAUAAAUUAACACAAAAAUUACAACGUUUACAUCUUGAUGAUCGAGUUAAUAUACCAGAUGAGAAUGGCGAUAUACUUGUUAACAUUAAUCAUCCUAAUGGUGAUCCUAAUUUGUACGUACCAAAACAUCUUUGUCCUAUACUUAAACCACAUCAAAUCGGUGGUAUACGUUUUAUGUAUGAUAAUAUUGUUGAAUCUCUUCAACAUUUUCAAACAACAGGUGGACUUGGUUGUAUUCUAGCACAUUCCAUGGGUUGCGGAAAAACUUUACAAGUAAUUACAUUUAUUAAUAUAUUAUUAGAACAUAAAAUAGCAAAAUCAGUUCUUAUUGUUGUACCAAUAAAUACAAUACAAAAUUGGUUGAAUGAAUUUAAUCGUUGGUGUCCAUUAAAUAAUCCUAAUAUUAAAUAUAAACGUUUAUUUCAAUUGUAUAUGUUGAAUGAAACAUCAAAAAAAUUUACUCAGCGUGCUAAACUUGUACAAAAUUGGUUUCAAACAGGUGGAGCACUUAUUCUUGGUUAUGAAAUGUUUCGUUUAAUGGUAAUGAAAAAAAAUUCUCAAACAAAUUCAUCCACAAAAAAUACCAAUACAAAUAAAUCAAUCAUAGCAAGACCUGCUACACCGGUUGUUGUUGAUCUUGAAGAAGAAGAAAAAAAUUUUGAAACAAUGGAAGAUGUUCGAAAUGCAUUACUCAAUCCAGAUCUUGUCAUUUGUGAUGAAGGUCAUCGAAUUAAAAAUCAUCAAGCUGGUGUUGCUAUUGCAUUAAAAUCAAUUCGAACACAUCGUCGAAUUGUUCUCACUGGUUAUCCACUUCAAAAUAAUCUCAUCGAAUAUUGGUGUAUGGUUGAUUUUGUUCGACCGAAUUAUCUUGGCAGUAAACUUGAAUUUUGUAAUAUGUUUGAACGUCCGAUAUUAAAUGGUCAAUGUAUUGAUUCAACAGUUGAAGAUGGAAAACUUAUGCGUGCUCGUGCACAUGUUUUACAUAGUUUACUUGAAGGUUUUAUUCAAAGACGUGGCCAUGAUGUUCUUCAAUCAGAUUUACCACCCAAAACUGAAUAUGUUGUUUUAUUAAAAUUAUCAAAUAUUCAAAGACAAUUAUAUAUGAAAUUUCUUGAAGCUGUUGGAGCUUUAUCAAGUUCUACAGAAAAAACAUUGAAUCCAUUAAGAGCAUUUGCUAUUUGUUGCAAAAUUUGGAAUCAUUCAGAUGUUUUAUAUAAAUUUGUACGUGAUCGUCAAGAUGGUUCGGAUUUAGAUUUUGAUUUUGAGCUUGAACAAAAUUCAAAUUCAACAAAUAAAACAUUAGCAACUAAAACAAGGUCAAAUAAUCGUUUAAAUUUAAAUAAUCGUGCAUCACCACAAACUGUAACAAUCAAUAAUCUUUAUGAACAACAAACAACAACAUUUUCAUUAGAAAAAAAAGAAUUUGAUUAUGAUUUUGCUAAUACAAUUUUAAAUUCAUAUGUAUGCGGACAAUUAUCAAAUGGAAUUAAGUUCCAAGUUGCCUUAGCAAUAUUAGAUUUAUGUAUUCAAGUUGGAGAUAAAGUUCUCAUAUUUAGUCAAAGUUUAUUAUCAUUAAAUAAACUUGAAGAAUUUCUUAGUCAACGUUAUAUACCAAAUACAGAUAAAAAAUGGGAAAAAAAUAUAAAUUAUUAUCGUAAGUUAAUAUUUUAUCAGUAA